UGGAAGCCUUUCCUUGUAGACAAAUGGCGUCUCUUCAGCGAGCAGCAGCUGAUUCCCCACCGAGAACGGCAGCAGGAAUUGAGGGGAGGUAAACACGCCGCCCCCGGAUUUCCUUGCUGUAGGAUUGUCCGUUGUUUUCUGACGGCUGGACGUCGCUUUCUUCCUCCCCGGAAAUCGAGAGUUUGGAGCCUCCGCGGUGUGAAAACAACCCCCUUCCCCGCCGGAGAGGAGAGGGUCAGCUGCAGCCCGGACUCCCCUCCCCGCUGCUUCUGCUUGUUUUCGGAGGUUGUUGCUCCUCGUCAGGGCCCGGACUCAGAUACGUGAAGAUGGGCAUCACCCCUCCGCGGCUGCUCUCCCCCUCCGCCUGACUGACUGACUGACGGCUCGGCGGCGUUAAUCCAAUUCAGGAGAUCAUCUUUUCAACCCUCCUGAGGUCAAACUAUUGAGACCAGCUUUGUGGAGGUGAAGAUGACCACAGCACGGUACCGGCCCACCUGGGAGUUGGCCGUUGACCCCCUGGUUUCCUGUAAACUGUGCCUUGGAGAGUUUCCACUGGAGCAGAUGACCACCAUCACGCAGUGCCAAUGUGUCUUCUGCACACUGUGCCUGAAGCAGUAUGUGGAGCUCCUGAUUAAAGAAGGCCUUGAAACUGCAAUUAGCUGUCCUGACUCUGCCUGCCCUAAAAGAGGACAUUUGCAGGAAAAUGAGAUCGAGUGCAUGGUGGCGACGGAGAUGAUGCAGAGGUACAAGAAGCUUCAGUUCGAGCGCGAGGUUCUGUUGGACCCGUGCAGGACGUGGUGCCCGUCCUCCAGCUGCCAGGCCGUCUGCCAGCUGAAGGAAACCGACUCCCCGGCUCUGCCUCAGCUGGUCCAGUGCGCCGUCUGCGCCCUGGAGUUCUGCUCUGCCUGCAAGGCCGCCUGGCACCCGGGGCAGGCCUGCCAGGAGAGCAACCCGCCCAUCGCCUCCUUCCUUCCCGGGGAAAACAGCUCUUUCUACAAGAACGAAGAGGACGACGCCCCCAUCAAGCGCUGCCCCAAGUGUAAAGUCUACAUCGAGAGAGACGAGGGCUGCGCCCAGAUGAUGUGCAAGAACUGCAAACACGCCUUCUGCUGGUACUGCCUGGAGUCCUUGGAUGACGACUUCCUGCUGAUCCACUAUGACAAAGGGCCGUGCCGGAACAAACUGGGCCACUCCAGGGCGUCGGUGAUCUGGCACAGAACACAGGUUGUGGGGAUCUUCGCCGGGUUCGGCCUGCUCCUGCUGGUCGCCUCGCCCUUCCUCCUGCUGGCCACGCCCAUCGUCCUCUGCUGCAAGUGCAAAUGCAGCAAAGGCGACGACGACCCGCUGCCGACCUAAACGCCCCGCAGCGACACGUCGCAUCUUCUUCCCGUCGAGUUUCACCACUUUUCCAUUCUGUUUUCCUCCCACCAGCUUUGAGAGAGCUUCAUUUUUCCGAGCUGGGCCUGAAGCAGCCGCCGCUCUGCAUGAGGAGGACAGAAAAGACGACGUUCCUCCGCUGAGACGUUGGGAAAACUUUGGACGGUUUGGGAAUGCAAAGAACGUCUGCUCUUCUUUUCUUUUUUUUUUUUGGUGUUGUAAUUAUUUUGGGUGGAUGUGAACAUUUCCUGGUCUGCUGAACGGACGCCUUCGCCGCCCGUAGAAGGACUUCUACCUUUUUGCUCUGUAAACACUAAAGCUCUCCCUCACUGCAGCGGUGUCCAAACGGUUCGGCAGGGGGCCAGAAACGGCACGUUGGAAAUACUUCUUAGUAUUUUUGUAUUUCAUUAUUAUUGCAAAAAAUAUCUUACGUGUUUUUUUCUGAUAGGCAGUAAAGUCAACAUGAUAGCAGUCAGAUUUUUAAAUUACUGUAUAUUAAAAAUAUAAAAUGGUUUUGCAGGUUUGAAAGAUAAAAAAAAACAUUAUUCUACAUUUUUCAAGUUGAUAUUUUUCUACAUUUUUUUGUUGUUUUCAAGGUAACAAAUUUUCCCAGAAGUUAUUACAAUAAACGACAAUUAUGAUAUUAAUGAUGAAUUGUUUACCUAUCUAAGGAAGCCAUUUUUAUUUUAAAAUAAAAGAAACUUCAGUUAAAAUUAUCACCUGUAAUCAAGGAUUAAAUUUAUUAAAAUUCUAAAAUACUUUAUGAAAUAUUAUUAGAUUUUGCUGGACGAUAAAUUGUCCCAGAAGUUAUUGUGAUAAAUGAUAAUAUCGUUGCUUUGAGACCA